CGACUUACUCCGAGCGAAGAAGACACAGAUGGCAAAAUGGCGAUGUACAUGAAAUACACGAGUUGCCUUUCCUCCGUGGAGAGAGUUAUGUUCCUCUCCGGGGCCAACAGCUUCAGUGUGGAAUGUAAACGCUAUGUUCGCGGGCUGAGACGGAGGCCCGUCAGCGUGAUGUUUCCCACGGAUACACACCUUACUGCUGCAGUCGCUAAGGACAAGAAGGACGGGACAACAAGUCGUGACGGAGGCGACUUGAUGAAGAAGAGGAGCAACAUCAUGACAAAAGAGGGGAGUAACAUGAUGAUGAAGAAGGGGAGUAACAUCAUGAUGAAGAAGGGGAGUAACAUGACCAAAGAGGGGAGUAACAUCAUGAUGAAGAAGGGGAGUAACAUGACCAAAGAGGGGAGUAACAUCAUGAUGAAGAAGGGGAGUAACAUGACCAAAGAGGGGAGUAACAUCAUGAUGAAGAAGGGGAGUAACAUGACAAAAGAGGGGAGUAACAUCAUGAUGAAAGAGGGGAGUAACAUCAUGAUGAAAGAGGGGAGUAACAUCAUGAAGACAUCUCACCACGUGGCUGCUGCCAACAUAGAUGGCCAUCCGUUCGAGAGGGCCUUACCUGGCGAUAAACGUCUGGCGACGCUGGUGAGCAUCGCUCGUUCCAGAACGUUCCGGGAGAAACAGGGUAAGAUCCUGCUGGAGGGGCGGCGUUUGAUCCGCGAUGCCUUGAAUUCCGGCGCCGUUCCUCAGACGGUCUUCUUCAGCACCGCCGAACGUCUGCGGGAGCUCCCCUUGGACAAGCUGAGCAGGGCCUCGCUGGUCAAAGUCCAGUUUGAAGAAAUCAAGCUGUGGUCUGACAUGGUGGCCCCCCAAGGAGUCAUAGCAAUAUUUUCCCGCCCUGACGCAUCACGGCUGCACUUCGCUGAGCGCGCACAUUCCGUGCCUCUGUCGCUCAUCUGUGACCAGGUGCGUAACCCUGGCAACCUGGGCACCAUGCUGAGAUGUGCUGCUGCUGCCGGCUGCCACAGUGUCCUGCUCACUAAAGGCUGUGUGGAUGUCUGGGAGCCUAAAGUCCUGCGAGCUGCGAUGGGCGCCCACUUCCAUCUGCCCAUUCAUCCCAGUUUGAGUUGGGAGGAAGUUGAGGAUCAUCUGCCCAGAGAGGUCACCGUGCAUGUGGCCGACAGCACCAGCCAACCUCUUCAGAACAACCAUCAGGAACCUGCGUCUCACGCACCUUGCAAACCUGGCGACUUGGGCUGGGUGAGUGUCAGGUCUGGCCGUCAUCAGACACAAGUUGAGGAAGAUGAGGGUGAGGAUGAGGAUGAGGAUGAGGGGCUUUCAGUGGACACCAGGCUGUACCACCAACACUGGGCCCAGAGUCCCACAGCACUGGUAGUGGGAGGAGAGACUGAAGGUCUAAGCAGUGCAGCCCUCCAGGUGGCGCAAAAGACCAAAGGCCACAGGCUUUGUAUUCCCAUGGUUCCUGAAGUGGACAGUUUGAACUCAGCCAUGGCUGCUAGUAUCCUGCUGUUUGAGGGCAGGAAGCAACUCUUACAAGCAAUGCAAACUUCUACCAAGAAUUGGUCAGCAAAAGCUGGUGGUCAGCUUUCUUGAUAUUUAACACCAUUGUUGUCUGAAAACUACACUUCUCUUUGCAGCUGAAAAUUAUUUUGUUUUUGGUGAUUAAUUCAAUAAAUAUUAUUUUCAA